CUCAGGGCACAGGUGGCACGCCUAGAAACUUGUACCCCCAGUCCCACGCCCCCUCGAGAAAUGCCUGGAAAAUCUCAUGCCUUCGAGAAUAAUCAUUCGGAAAACGUAUCUAAUUGGCCUCCGUUUGGAUAAAAUUUACGAAUUUCUCCUCUAUAAAAGGCCAGCUACCAAGAUGUAGCCAUAACAGUAAAGCUCAGCUCUUUUUGGCACUUGGUGUUCAUUUGUGGGCAUAGUGAAUCUUGGCGUGGCGGUAACAAAAAUGGGUGAAGAAGUGACUCUUCUGGACCUUUGGAGUAGUCCCUUUGCGAUGAGAGUUAGAAUAGCCUUAAAAGAAAAAGGCAUAGAUUAUGAAUCUAGAGAAGAAGACUUGAGUAACAAGAGCCCACUUCUCUUCAAUAUGAACCCAGUUCAUAAACAAGUCCCUGUUUUGAUCCAUAAUGGGAAGCCAGUAUGUGAGUCUAUCAUAAUUGUCCAGUAUAUUGACGAUGUCUGGAAGGACAAGGCUCCUCUCCUGCCUUCUCAUCCUUAUGAACGAGCUCGUGCGAGGUUUUGGGCUGACUAUGUCGACAAAAAGAUAUAUGGCACUGGAAAGUUAGUGUGGGCGGCUACGGAUGAAGUUCAAGCAGCAGCAAAGGAAGAACUGAUAGAGUGCUUCAAACUGUUGGAAUCAGAGGUAGGAGAGAAGCCUUAUUUUGGGGGCAACACCUUUGGUCUUGUAGAUGUGGCCCUUAUACCAUUCUACAGCUGGUUUUAUGCAUUGGAAACUUGUGGUAACUUGAGCUUGAUUGAUGAAUGCCCUAAGCUUGUGGCAUGGGCUAAAAGGUGCAUGCAAAGGGAUAGUGUAUCCAAGUCAUUGCCUGAUCAGUACAAGAUAUACCAGCACCUUCUGGAGCUCAAAAAGAAAGCUUGAAGCUCAAAACGAAGGGUAGACUUUCCUUUAUAAUUGAUCCCUCGGGAUUGAUCCUCAUAACUUCAUUUUAUCUUCUUUGUUAUUUUCCUUUUCGGGCUUCUGUUGGUUUUGAUAGAACUGACUUCUGUGUGUGUACAUAUAUAUUCCUGAUUGGUAAAUAAAUGUAUUGAUCAAAUAAGUA